GGGAUCUGCUAUAACAGACGGGAUUAUUCACAAUCUUAUUGGGGGCCAUGCCCCGCCUCUAAGCUAUCAUUAUGGAAACGCUACCCGUCGAACUUCUCCACCGAAUCUUCGCAUUGUGCUGCAUUGACGGCGGCAGCACCUCGCGCUCCCUUUCACUGGUGUCCCGGUACAUUUCAGCAGCCUCCGAGUCGUAUCGCUUACACAGUGUCUCCCUCGAGGGACCCGCCCGCAUCGUCGCCUUCGCGGCGCAUGUCCAAGCACUGCCGCUCUCCGCAAGGCGCGCCCAACACCUCCUUGUCGUGGAAAGAGACAGUACGGCGGCGGACUGGCGCUCCAAAUGGGCGGCAUUUUUCGGCGACAUGACCUCCGCCCCGAAGAUCAACGUGUACGGCCUCGGCCGGGGGCUCAAGAAUGGAGACGAUGCCACACCGACUCGGGGGCAGGGUCGCGGCUUGGUGGAUGAUGCGCUCCCGACAUCGAGGCGCACCAAGUACAAGGGACCUAUCAGCUAUGUCAAUGCGGAAGACCAGGCGAAGUUCGCGGCGCUCGUCAGCGAGCACACCACCGAACGCAGCACCAUCCAGCGCGCGGUCGCAGACAUCCUCCGCGCGCUUUCCCAUUCGCUCGAGAACGUCACGCUCUACACGUCGUCGACGUCCCUGCCCGCCUGCGAGUUCCCGAUGCUGAAGCAUCUCGCGAUCCGUUACCUGCGGGCAGACCACGACGCAUCGUCCACGGCUGGUACGACGAGCUCGCGCACCUCCCUGCCGUCGCUCAAGCACCUCCACAUCAUGCGAUACACCCGUGCAUCCAUGUCCCUUGAGUCGAUUGCGGACAUUGCGCCGCGACUCGCCCGUCUCCGGCUCUCUUCCGUCGGCCCAGAUCCCACGCUACCGCAGCGCAUCUCGCUCGCCUUGGGCGUCACCUUCGCUGACCCCACUGGAGCGGAUACGACCUCGACAGAGCAGCCGGCGCCGUUAAGCGACAUUGACGUUAUCAUGAUCCAGAUCCUCGACGAUGGCGAGCUCGACCCGCGAGACAGCGCACGCGCAGCGCUCGAUUUGACGGUCGGAGGUCUGCACCGACUGAUAUCGUCCGACGCACGGGCGAGGGUCCUUAUGCUUGGUCCGCCUACAAAUUACACCCACGAACACGCUAUUCAGCACUGGCAGGAUCUGCUUAACGGGGGUGACGGAUGCUGGGCGAUGCCUUAG